CGUUUCGGCGUCCACAUGCACGCGCUUUAUAUGGAUGCCAUUUCCAACGAUGCCAAGGCCUCUGCUCCCACCCCACUCCACUCCACCUCCGGGGCUCCGGCAAGCCGCUGCUGCGAUGGCGCUCCGGCUCGUGCUCGCCGCCGCAUUCGCCGUCCUCGCACCGGCUAUGGCGGCGGCGGGCGCCCCAGCGCUGGGGAUCAACUACGGCCAGGUCGCGGACAACCUGCCGCCGCCGCAGGCGGCGGCCGUGCUCCUCCGCGCGGUGAACGCCACCAGGGUCAAGCUCUACGACGCGGACUCGCGCGUGCUCAGCGCCUUCGCGGGCUCCGGCGCCGACUUCACCGUCGGCCUGCCCGACCACCUCGUCCCGCGGCUGGCCGCAGACCCCUCCGCGGCGUCAGCGUGGGUCCGCGCCAACAUCAUGCCGCACCUCCCCGCGACGUCGAUCACCGCGGUCACCGUCGGCAACGAGGUGCUCACGGGCACCGACACCACGAUGCUCCGGUCCCUCCUCCCGGCCAUGGAGGCCCUCCACGCGGCGCUCACCGCGUGCAACCUAACCUCCCGCGUGGCAGUCACCACGGCGCACUCCCUCGCCGUGCUGUCGUCCUCGUUCCCGCCGUCGGCCGCCGCGUUCCGGCGCGACGUGCUCCCGUACAUGUCCCCGCUCCUGGGCUUCCUCGCCAAGACCGGCGCGCCGUUCCUCAUCAACGCGUACCCCUACUUCGCGUACAAGGCGGACCCGGGGCGGGUGGACCUCAGCUACGUGCUGUUCGAGCCCAACGCCGGCGUCUCCGACGCCGCCACGGGGCUGCGCUACGACAACAUGCUGCACGCGCAGGUGGACGCCGUGCGCGCGGCCAUCUGCAGGGCCAACUACGGCAAGGCCGUGGAGAUCCGGGUGUCGGAGACCGGGUGGCCGUCGCAGGGCGACGAGGACGAGGCCGGCGCCACGCCCGAGAACGCCGCGAGGUACAACGGCAACCUGAUGCGGCUGGUCGCGCAGGGGAAGGGCACCCCGGCCGCGCCCGGCAAGCCGCUGCAGGUGUACGUGUUCGCGCUGUUCAACGAGGACCAGAAGCCCGGGCCGGCGUCGGAGCGGCACUACGGGCUGUUCAAGCCCGACGGCACGCCCGCUUACGACGUCGGCGUCAGGGCGCCGACCAUCAGCGGCUGGAAGGGGAGCGGCAAUGGCACGGGCGGCGGCGCCGGGCUGGUUGUGGCGCAAGGGCCCGGCGGCGCCGACGGCGUAGGUCCGGGCACCGGGUACUACACCGUGUCGGCAGCGGCGAACAAGGUGAAGAGGCGGCGGCGGGGCGUGGAGAGCUUGCUGGCGGCUGCCGUCGUAGCCAUGGCGUCUGGGCUCGGUUGGUCAUGGUCAUGAAAACCGCUAAACUGAGGCACGCCAUUGGUUGAUUCAUCAUUGUUUUUGGGUCCAGAUACAGUCACUGUACGAUUCAUGUGUAUGUCUUGUAGCUACGCAAAGGAAGAUGAGACUGUCAUUGAUACACAUUUGAUAGUCCUGUUCAGAUUUUAGAGAUUCAGGGACUGUGCCCCCCUCGGCCCUCUCAGCUCCUUUACAGGCUCAGGAAACAGGAAAAUGUCCCGCUCGCACCUACUCGGUUUCUGAACAUU